CGUGUCUUAGCGAAUUUUUAUCCAGUCGAGCUAUAUUUCGAGUUGAAGAACAUGAUAAGAAACAAAUGUAAUCCAAGAAAACAAGAAGUCGGAGAAAUGUGGCAAUAAAACUCUGACCAAUCAGCGUCGACGAUAGCGCUCUUGUCUCUUUGAUCGACUGCAGCCGGAAGCCCGUUGCUGAAGGACACCUGGGAACAAAGCUGUAAGUCAGGGGGCGUGGCCAACUAAACAGAUAGGAAACCGAGCCCGAGAGAGGCUAUUAUACAGUAACGUUUGUGUUGUAUUUCGUCAAACAGGACCCGUGUAAGGUUCAUGGUGAGGAAAAGUGAGCCGUGAGUCGCAGAUCUCCGGACCGUGUGCGUGGAACGUUUCAAGACACUAUCAAAUUUGUCUGUGUGAUCUUAUAGGCCCUUCGCCAGGCCGACAAACCAGGAAUAAUGCAUAUGAUGGACCAUUAUGGGCCGUACGCAGUGUUUCGUCCGGACCCCAACGUAAACGGCGCUGCAGUGCGACCUUUCCCUAACGUCCCGAUGCUUCACGACCAGACCGGGACGGGCGUGGGGUCCCCCACGGGCGGUGGACCCACCAUGCUCCCCUCGUUCGGAUUUACCCAGGAGCAAGUGGCUUGUGUGUGCGAGGUUCUACAGCAGGGGGGUAACAUAGACAGACUGGCCCGCUUUCUGUGGUCCCUCCCGGCCUGCGAGCACCUGCACAAGAACGAGAGCGUCCUCAAGGCGAAAGCCGUUGUGGCCUUUCACAGGGGCAAUUUCAAAGAACUCUACAAGAUUCUGGAGAAUAACAAUUUCGCUCAGCACAACCACCCCAAGCUGCAGGCCCUGUGGCUGAAGGCACACUACAUCGAAGCGGAGAAACUUCGUGGUCGGCCCUUAGGGGCGGUGGGGAAAUACCGUGUGAGGAGGAAAUUCCCCUUACCCAGGACGAUUUGGGACGGGGAGGAGACGAGUUACUGCUUUAAGGAGAAAUCUAGGACAGUGUUGAGGGAGUGGUAUUCUCACAACCCCUAUCCCGCCCCUCGCGAAAAGCGGGAGUUGGCGGAGGCGACGGGACUAACGACGACGCAAGUGAGCAACUGGUUUAAAAAUCGCCGACAGAGAGACAGAGCUGCCGAGGCCAAAGAAAGUUCUGACAGUUUUCCUUUUUCUCCUGGCAGGGACGGAACCCACGGAGGGGGCGGGGACCCUGGCUCCCCUCGCACGGACAUCAAGGAGGAGAUGGACUUGAACGGCCAGACGAAGCUGGAAGAACACUCCCCACCUCACCCUCAGCAACAACAACAACAACAAUCAUCCAUCUACACCAACUUGCAAAAAGCGUCUGCGUUGCCUAGCGACCUCCUACAGAGCAUGCUGCCUAACAGCCAAGUGAACCACCACGGCCACAACGUGUCUGGGGUGGUUGGGGUGAACAGUGUGCCACCAAAUGACGUUGGUCAACUUCUCUCAGACUAUCAGGCUUUGUGAGAGAUUUUUAAAAAAUAUAUGUGGGUUUUUUUUUACAUUGACCAACAAUGUUGAAAAACAAAAACAAAACCUGAAAACAAAAAAUCAUUAUAUUGGUGCUCUUUUAAAAUAAGGUCCCGAUUCGAGGCUGUGCUCCAUUGCAUCUAGAGGAAAUCUCGGUUAUGGUCUGACUCAAAAAACCAAAGUACAUGUAUAUAUAUUAAAAAAAGAACAGAACAAAAACAAAAACCCCAAAUCCAAUCACAAUUAUAGUAAAAAUUGUGACACGUGGUAGACAAAUCAAUCGAAGUUUGACUAUUGUUUCAUUUUUUUAAUGGAACAAUGUAUUUAAUGUUAUAUAUUUAUCAAAGAUUCUGUUUAUCGCUGUUAGGUAUGGGGUUUUAAAAAUAUUAUUAUUAGCAGUGCAAAUUUGAAUAUGUGCUGUUCUUUCACAUGUCCGGCAGGAAGAUCAAUUUGUGACAGUUUGUAGCUGGCAGAAUUUCAAACAAUUGUGGAAUAUUAUAUAUAUUAUAUAGUCCAACGGUUUCAACACGAAGAGAUCAUCGAGUUUGUCAAUGUUUUCUGUGUUGCAGUAACACCACUGCUAUUUCCACCAUUACUACAUAAUGUUUGUUGUUUAAUAACCAUAUACCAUGAGCGAGGUACCAAAGAAUUUAGGUUUUAAGGUGCGGUUUGACGGUACGACUUUUAGCCACGAUCUGUAUCAUGACUGAAAUACACGUUCAGAGAUCAAUGCAGGACUCUUCCAAAUUAUAAUGUGCGACUAAACUUGUGACAACUUUUAUAUGCUUACAAUCCACUCCCAAGCAUUACAUGCUUUAAAUCGUUAUUUGAAGUUGCCCUGUGAGAACCCGUCUUGGUUAUUGUUAGUUUAAGACAAGGUUCCCGUCUCUAUUUAUACGUAGGGUGGGACGUAUUUGUGUGGAUAUUUAUAAGAAGACAGGUAAUUCUGUACAUAAGACUAGUACUCCAUCUGCAUUAUACACAUGGAGACCCACGACAUAAUUAAAUACAAAACUGUGUUGUUUUUUCUUGUUACAUUCAAGCUUGGCGUGUUUAAUAACAUUACAGGGAUCAACACGGCAUGUGACUAACUCUCGUCCAAUCAGAAUGUUCAGCAUAUUCUGACGUCACAUUGUGAACAUAUUUCUCUCGUACUGAAAAAACAGAGUUUCCUGAAUGGAAUUGCCAUACUAUUGAUGAAAUAAUGUACAACCAAACCUGUUUAUAAAGACCACUGGUGAAACCGACAAUUGAAUACAAUACAGAGAUUAAAAAACAAACGCAAGAUGACGCAAUAUACAGAUUAAUAUUCUGUAUUAUGUAUACGUAAACCUAUUUGUACAGUUCACUCAUAAGAUACUCUCGUCUCCACGUACAUUUUAAAGUACAGAUAGUUGUAUGACACGAUUGGUCAUGUGUUUAUAAAAUGUUACAUUAUCUAGGCUUUAGUGAAGUCUGAAUGGCUAGAUUCAAAUUCGUAUGACGUCGCCAUGACGUUAAAACUCUUUAUUACAAGUGUUAUCUCAAAGUUGCAUAAUGGUGGCUUUCCGACAAAAUUAUUUGUUAAUUUUUGCUUUGAAAUGUAAGUACUAUUCCUUCGUUAUAAAUUACAACUAAAUAUUUAAUUUAUUAACAGAAAAACAAAAUAUUGAAAAAUCUUUAGUGAACGAUCGACGGGUUUGGGCGCGUUCAGUAACGUUAUGCCAAAAGGUGCAGAUUUUUGUUAAUUCGCCAAUUUCAUAAGAUGUGUUAACUUAUGGUGUGAUAAGAAAGAGAUACAGUCGUACUGAUCGCGACUUUUGUUUUCUCGACGAUAAGCACAUUACAGUUUUGAUAUUCCUGAGUUAUUUAUGAAAACAUUAUGUAUGGGAUUGAUCAAUCUAUUACAGAUACCAGGGCUCACACUAGAAAAAAAUUUGGUUUAGCCAAUUUUCGUAAAUGUAGAGUAUCUCUUUAAAAAUAAUUAAAAUAUGGUUAAUUUGAGGAAUAUUUUAUUAGCCAAAGUCUAAGUUUUGUAGCCAUUUUCAGACGCGGAUCCGGGGGGGGGGUCGGGGGGAUGGGGUAUGGACCCCCCCCCCCCCCCCGCUCGUGACCAGAGAGUUGAUCUUGACAACGGGAAUAUACUUCAAAUCCAUCUAAAGCUAUCUUCAAAUAUGAAAAUUUCCUAUCGAGGGGGGCCCUUCAAAGGCUCAAGACUGGACCCCCCCUGCUAAAAUUCCUGGAUCCGCCCCUGAUUUUGUAUAAAUAAUAGCUAUUGGCUAAUUUGGCAAUGUACAGGGUGAGCCCUGAGAUACAUGUUACAAUAACGAAGUGUGGCACUUGCAGCUAAGAUAUAGCACCUUUAAAGUUUUUUGUUAUAAACAUGUGACCAGAAGUGUCCUUUUAUAGAGGGAAAGAUGUUAUACAACAUGCCCUGUAUAACAAGCUUGACUGUACAAACGGUAUUUUAUUUCAAAUUCACAAACGAGUUAGUGAGUUGGCCUUUACAAACAGGUUGGGUUAUUUAAAUGUCUGCUACCAGUGACUGUUAACAUGUCUGCCAGUUGUAAACGAGUUAUCUGACUGUCUUGUGUAACUGACUGGUACUGUGACGUGCUGCGACCACUGGGAAGUAAAUGUAACUUGGUGUGUGACUGUUGUGGAUCUAUUUGACUGUGUUCUGGCCGCACGUGCCCACGUGUGCCAUCAGCUGUAUACUCACUCCAUUACUUACCGUGUAUCUCAUACCACAUUUUUUUUGUGAACAGUGAAUAAACAAGAUUACGUUUGUUCCAGUUUCGUCCAAAGAUUUUACUGAACAAAUGCCAUAAAAUAAAAAUAGAUUUAUUAUUUA